CGACUGCCCACCCUGGGUUUACUGUUUACUGUUGCAAUGCUAGCUAGAGCAAUGUUGCAGCCGUAAAAUGAAGGCGUGAAAGAAGUGGACAUAGAACAUAGUGGAACAUAAGCAAAUUGCGACGAUGACGAAUGUGUACUCCUUUGACGGCAUCCUGGUGUUCGGGCUGCUGUUCAUCUGCACCUGUGCGUACCUGAAGAAAGUCCCGCGCAUGAACGCCUGGCUGCUGUCGGAGAAGAGGGGUGUGUGGGGAGUUUUCUACAAAGCGGCGGUGAUUGGCACUCGGCUUCACGCGGCCGUGGCGCUGUGCUGCGUGUCCAUGGCCUUCUACGUGCUCUUCAUAAAGUGACGGACAGCGGGCGGCCCUCACAGGCAGUGUGGACAGCAUGUGUGCGCACGCCCAGUGCGGCAGUGCACCCGUACAGGACAGACGAGCGCUGCCCUCUGCUGGCCGAAGAGUGCGCCUGCAUCCUCUGAAACUUCUCGAGGCCACCUGACACAUCGUGGAUUUCCUGUUUUUAUAGAACAUAGAAAAACACCUGCCCUUAUGCAGGUAGUUUCCUAAUUGUUUACACUGCGGGUAUAGUGGUGAUGGGGUAAGUAUAUGUGGUAAGGUUAAACAAAAGUAAACCACUUAAGUACUUUACGGGCAAUAAAUAUAAAUAUGUAUUUUGACCAGUGAUUUUACGUUGAAAAUGUGACAUUGUCUGAAGUACUUUUGGUGUCAAAGGUGUUACAUGGACAAAAUACAACUUGCAACCAAAUCACUUUUAGUUUGCUGUUGGGGCUCCCUUUUUCAAUUCAUAUAAUAACAAAAUGAGCGAUAUCACUGGUGGAAAUGGGUUGGGCAUUUGGGUUUAGUUGGCACUGCAUGAGUCUACUGAAAACAGAGGAUUCUCGGGGACUUCUCGGUGUCUGUCAGAAUGUGUCUGUCGGGAAUAUCCGAUGACUUUAGCGGUGCAGCUGCUGCUCGUUUUCGCGGUAUGCGUGCGUGUUUCGCGGUAUGCGUGCGCGGGCGCCACCAUUUUAAGAGUCCUGAGGGAACUACGUGACGGGCGGGUGCAGGAAUGUAAGAAUGGGAAAUAUGAAGUAUGUCUAUUGCUGCGUGGCGAGAGCAUAUUAAAAACAUGGUUAUUGGUGACAGUCCGACUUAAUGUUCUGUGUAAUUCUGUUUUCACCUUAAACGUACACUCCUAACUCCCUGCUCAGUCAGCAUUACUGAUAGUGUGUGUGUGAGUGUGAGUGUGAGUGAGAACGUGUGUGUGUGUGUAUAUAUGUAUGUGUGUGUGUGUUCUUAAAACCCCGUUAGGGUUCUGGCACAAGGUUGCAGGGAGGGAAAGGCCUGGUUUGUCGUAAGCUCAGUUUCUUUAUUUAUUUGCGGUUAGGUCUCAGCGGUGUCCUGGGUUGCUGUUGUAGCACCCAUGCCCAGCACUGUGGCUGAAGCUUCAGCUCUCCUCUGAUGCAGCCAUUGGCCAAUCAGUGACGUUUUCCCACACGACGGGCCCACUGAUUGGAUGGAGAGGGUGGGGGAAGCCUAUGGGCUGUAACAGGUACUGCGCAUGUCGAGGGCAGAAGAGCUGACUGCCCAUGAAUUCAGUGUAGAGACGCCAGGUGAUCUAACAACCAAAGAACAACCAGAUCGGUCCAUUUUUUUUUGUGAUCAUAAGUCUCAUUAUGUGUCGCAGUUUGUGAAGCAAUGGAUGUUUUUGUUUUUUUAUUAAAAAAAUAAAAAAUGUGCAUAUUAUAUUACGCAUUGCAUAUUUUCACAAUCUGCUUUUGAUUGUUUCUUGAUUGUUAAUCAAGGUUCAGGGAAGCUUAAUUUUGUCUUCAGAAGUCUAAUAUUCCCCAUCCCGUUUACUGGGAGCUCCAGUGUUUUGCCCUCGACAUGCGCAGUGGCGUCUCGCAUCCAGGGCUGCUCAAGGCGGGCCUGCCUGUCCAGUAAUAUGCAUGUCUGUGUACUGAGCUCUGAUUGGAGGAGAGGCACGUCAAUCACAGAAACGGGUAGCCUGUGGACAUGUGCUGCAUUUGUGGGAGGAGCUAAUGGAACGGUAACCGCAACCUAAGAUAGGCUGGUGAACUUAAACUCACCCUACCCCCCCCCCCCCCCCCCCAACUGGGUCAAAGGUCAUGUGGGUGAUGUCAUCAUCCGUACCCUUUUUUUGGACGCGUCUCAUCUCAGAUUGUUCACACUUGAUCGAGUCUGUUUCCCAUCCCUGGUUUUGCUGGUUUUAUCAGAGCAAUACUAUGAAUCCCGACAUUACUCCCUAAACCUCUGUCUGUGUGCUACUGUGGGCGGAUACACUAACGCGCAGUGGUGAGCUGGCUUUGCUCUCACCUUUCACACUGCAGUGGAAAAUAUUUAUUUUCCACGUCUGAGGAAACCACACUGAGUCUCUUUUUUGCUGGUACAUGAACAGUAACCAGUCGGUACCAUCUCUAUGUCCGGUUCGAUUGCAGUCAGGAAGCCCAUUGGAAGUCGAGAGGUGCAGCUUCAUCAUGUUGGAGGAGUGUGUUAAAUGAGGAAGCCCGUUCUGUAUGCAAUAUUAUAUGUAUGACUGUACAGUUGUUGAUGUUGUAUUGAAAUGGAUAUUUAUACCGGUUCUUGUCAAUCUUGUUGAGAUUAUGAUGGAUAUGCAUAAAUAUUAUUAUUAUGAUGAUAUGCAUAUAUGUUCAUUCAUUUCUUUCUCCCUGUCGUCCAGCUUCUGUAAAAUAGUUUGUGAACACACUCUGUUAUCUCCAUUAAAAUGAAGUGAAUCUG